AAGUAGUUAGCCUGGAUUAAAAAGACUGGUCGUUUAUGGCAAAUCUUUAUCUCGUCAGCCUGAAUCCAUUGUCGAUUUAUAAGUUCCGGGGUUCUGUUUGUAAUAUUUAGGUCUCCCUGACAGCUCACGAACCAUAUUUGGUAGAACAGUCGAGCUGGAAGUAUGUCUCUGGUAACACUCUUAGCUGUACUGUUGAUCGCCUAUACUAACGGACAGGUACCCUCUGUUGGCAAUGACAUUGCUUUCACUGUAAAAGCAACAAACAACGGAAAUGUCGAUCUAAGUCCCGGGGUAGGAGGCGUCGUCAAAUUUCGGACGGAGAUCACAAACUACGGAAAUGCAUUUGACCUAGCAACUGGGGUGUUUACAGCACCUGUGGACGGCAUGUACCUGUUCAGUGCAAGUAUGUACAAUGUAUUCGCUGGCCAGAAACUCGACACUGAUAUUCAGAAGAAUGGUGUGCCGGAAGUGAAUAUGUACUGCAGCGCCUCCAUACAGUACAGCGCAUGCUCCGCCACAGUGGUUUUGAGACUGGCGACUGGCGACAGGAUUUGGAUUUCUGACAACAGUGGGAAGCUGGUGGACCAUGACUCCAGCUUCAUGGGAGUUUUGCUUAAUAGCUAGAUCUAUGGUCUUGCUAAAGUAAAUUUAAAUACAGCUUAUUCUCUUCAGUGUUUUAAGCUUUGUUUAUAGUUAUUUUGCAUCGUGUAAAUAAUGAAAAAAUAUAUAAUGAGUUUCCAACCAACAUUUUGUGAAGUUCCACAGAACAAGUGUUAUGUCUAAAUAAAUGAUUUUACAAAUGCAUUGUAUAUUGUUGUGUUACAUUACGUACUCAUCUAGCUUUGGUUUUGCGUUCAUUAUAACCAGAUACAAUAAAAUGUUCCUACAUGUAUA